UGCAGCUGCAUCCCGGGGAGGUUUACUCACAACCACAUGAGUAAGGGUACCUUUUGACAGUUGGAGGCAUCCCAAAGGAAGGCGAAGGAGAUGGAAGAGAAGGACCCAGAAGGACCUGGAACAGUCAAGACAUCAAGGAAAGGUCCCCAUCCCAUCCAAGCAGGCAAUGGUACUGAAUUCUGGGAAAGAGCUAUGCCAUGGAUCUUUGUUCAGGACCCUGUGACCACAGAUAUUCACAGCCAGUGCUUCCGGCAGUUUCGUUACCAUGAGGCCGAUGGGCCCCGAGAGGUUUGCAGCCGGCUCCAUGAACUUUGCAACCACUGGUUGAAGCCGGAGAGGCGCACCAAGAAGCAGAUCCUGGACUUGGUGAUCCUGGAGCAGUUCCUGACUCUCCUGCCCCAGGAAAUGCAACACUGGGUCAGAGGAUGUGGGCCAGAGACCAGUUCCCAGGCAGUAGCCCUGGCCGAAGGUUUCCUCCUGAGUCAGGCAGAGGAGAAGAGGCAGGCAGAGCAGAUGUGGGGACCAGCAGUGAAGAUGGAAACGAAGUUCUCUGAGGAGGAAGGAUUUUCUUUAGAGGAAGGGCAGAGAGCUCAGGCCCAGGAGCAUGUCCAAGUUGCCCUCUCACAUGGCAGCGGACAGGUGGUUUUGGGCCAUCAUCUUGGCAGAGGUGUGGAAACGGCUGCUGUGCCUCCAGUCCAGUAUCCCUUUUCCUUUGAGGAGGUGUCUGUCGGUUUCACCGAGGCUGAGUGGGCCCUGCUGGAUCCGGACCAAAUUGCUCUGUACAGGGAAGUCAUGCUGGAGAACUAUGGGAACGUGGCCUCUCUGGAAGCCAGAAGUACAACAGAAACUACGGGGGACACAAACAGUGGCCUUGCAUCCAAAGAAAGGCUGGAGAGUUCUUCAAGAGGAUCCCAAGAGCAUAUUUCCUUCUCAAAUGAGCUGGCUGAGACAGAGGCUGAUCAAAGAGACAAGGAGGGUGAGGAACUUCAUCAGCAAAUGCCAGAUAGAGUUAAAAAUGAAGGUUCGAAAGAAAAUGUCAGGAAUCAAGACAGAACUAAGAGAAAGAAAAGCGACCAUAUGGUAGAGAGGAGAGAUGGAAGACAGCGUAAUGCACAGUUUCCAAAAUGCUGGAUACUGAAGUCAAGUAAAUGCAUUCAGUGUGGAAAGUACUUCAGAAAUAGAUCACAGUUCCUUGUGCACCAAAGAAUACACAGAGGUGAGAAACCUUUUGAAUGCUCAGAGUGCGGGAAGAGAUUCAGUGUGAGGGGAAAUCUUCGACAGCAUCAAAGAACCCACUCAGGGGAGAAACCUUUUGAAUGCUUUGACUGUGAAAAGAGAUUUAGUAUGAAUCAUGAUUUUCAAGAGCAUCAAAGAACCCACACAGGGGAGAAACCUUUUGAAUGCUCAGAGUGUGGAAAGAGAUUCAGUGUGAGGGGAAAUCUUCAAAAGCAUCAAACAAUCCACACAGGGGAGAAACUCUUUGAAUGUUCAAAGUGUGGAAAGAGAUUCUGUCACAAUACCACUCUUCAGCGUCAUUAUAGUACCCACACGGGGGAGAAACCUUUUGAAUGCUCAGAGUGUGGAAAGAGUUUUAGUCAGAGUAGCAGUCUUCAACGACAUCAGAGAAUCCACACAGGAGAGAAGCCUUUUGAAUGUUCAGAGUGUGGAAAGAGAUUCAGUCAGAGUAGCAAUCUUCAACGACAUGAGCGAACCCACACAGGAGAGAAACCUUUUGAAUGUUCAGAGUGUGGGAAGAGAUUCAAUCAGAGUAUCCAUCUUCAAGUGCACCAAAGAACCCACACAGGGGAGAAACCUUUUGAAUGCUCAGUGUGUGGAAAGAGAUUCAGUCUGAAGAUUCAGAGUACCCAUCUUCAAGUACAUGAAAGAACUCACACAGGGGAGAAACCUUUUGAAUGCUCAGAGUGUGGAAAGAGAUGCAGUUGGAGAAACCAUCUUCUAUGGCAUCAAAGAACCCACACAGGGGAGAAACUCUUUGAAUGCUCAAGAUUGUGGAAAGAGAUUCUGACACUAUGCAGGGACGCAAUGCAUAACCUCUGUGAUCUGGUGAUAAAGAUUCUGGAAUUGUCUGAGGCAGUCUGGGACGUUAUCGCCGCUGGAGUCUCUGUCCAGGCUUUGAACAUGUGGGCACCCUCUGUGAAGAAAGAAGCAACAUUCACUGAAGUGGGAGGCGAUUCCUUGGAGCAAGGACAGAGGGCGCAGGCUCAAGAGUGUGCCCAAGAUGCCCUCUCCUGUGGCACUGAAGAGAUGCUGUUGAACCAUCAUCUUUUCAGUGGUGUGGAAACGUCUGCUGCACCUCCAGUCCAGUCUCCAUUUUCCUUUGAGGAGGUGUCCAUCUAUUUCACAGAGGCGGAAUGGGCCCUGCUGGAUCCACGGCAAAGAGCUCUGUACAAGGAAGUCAUGCUGGAGAACUAUGAGCAUGUGGCCUUUCUGGAAGCCAGAAGUAUAAGAGAGACUUUGAUGGACACAAACAAGUGCCUUGCAUCCAAAGAAAGACUGGAGAGUUCCACAAGAGGCUCGCAAGAGCAUAUUUCCUUCCGAGAUGAGCUGGCAGAGACAGAGGCUGAUCAGAGGAACGAGGAGGGUGAGGAAUUUCAUCAGCAAAUGCCAACUAGAGUUGAAAAUGAAGGUUGGAAAGAAAAUGUCAAGAAUCGAGGCAGACCUAAGAGAAAGAAAAGCGGACCUAUGGUAGAGAAGAGAGACGGAAGACAGCGUAAUGUACAGUUUCCAAAGUGCUGGAUAUUGAAGUCAAGUCAAUCUAUUCAGUGUGGAAAGUACUUCAGAAAUAGAUCAAAGCUCCUUGUGCACCAAAGAAUACACAGAGGCAAGAAGUCUUUUGAAUGCUCAGUGUGCAGAAAGGGGUUCAGUCAGAGUGGCCAUCUUCAACAACAUCAGAGAAUCCAAACAGGAGAGAAACCUUUUGAAUGCUCAGUGUGUGGAAAGAGAUUCUGUCAGAGUGACCAUCUUCAACAGCAUCAGAGAUCCCACAGAGGAGAGAAACCUUUUGAAUGCUCAGAGUAUGGAAAGAGAUUCAGUCGGAGUAGCAGUCUUCAAGUGCAUCAGAGAACCCACACAGGGGAGAAACCUUUUGAAUGCUCAGUGUGUGGAACGAGAUUCAGUCAUAGUAGCAGUCUUCAAGUGCAUCAGAGAACCCACACAGGGGAGAAACCUUUUGCAUGCUCAGAGUGUGGAAAGAGAUUCAUUCGGAGUAGCAGUCUUCAAGUGCAUCAGAGAACCCACACAGGGGAGAAACCUUUUGAAUGCUCAGUGUGUGGAAGGAGAUUCAGUCAGAGUAGCAGUCUUCAAGUGCAUCAGAGAACCCACACAGGGGAGAAACCUUUUGAAUGCUCAGAGUGUGGAAAGAGAUUCAGUCUAAGUGCCCAUCUUCAACAGCAUCAAAGAACCCAUACAGGGGAGAAACCUUUUGAAUGCUCAGAGUGUGGAAAGAGAUUCAGUCAGAGUAGCAGUCUUCAGGUGCAUCAGAGAACCCACACAGGGAAGAAACCUUUUGAAUGCUUAGAGUGUGGAAAGAGAUUCAGUCUGAGUAGCAAUCUUUACUGUCAUCAAAGUACCCACACAGGGAAGAAACCUUUUGAAUGCUCAGAGUGUGGAAAGAGAUUCAGACAGCGUUCCCUUCUUCAGGAGCACCAAAGAACCCACACAGGAGAAAAAUCUUUUGAAUGCUCAGAGUGUGGAAAGAGAUUCAGUCGCAGUACCACUCUUCAUUAUCAUCAAAAAACCCACACGGGGGAGAAACCUUUCGAAUGCUCAGAGUGUGGAAAGAGAUUUAGUCUGAAUAGCAAUCUUCGACGACAUCAGAGAACCCACACAGCAGUGAAACCUUUUGAAUGCUCAGUGUGUAGAAAGAGAUUCAGUCAGAGUAAGAGUCUUCAAGGGCACCAAAGAACCCACACAGGGGAGAAACCUUUUGAAUGCUCAGAGUGUGGAAAGAGAUUCGGUUUUAUUAGCAGUCUUCAAAGGCAUCAGAGAACCCACACAGGGGAGAAACCUUUCGAAUGCUCAGAGUGUGGAAAGAGAUUCAGACAGAGUUCCCUUCUUCAAGCGCACCAAAGAACCCACACAGGGGAGAAACCUUUUGAAUGCUCAGAGUGUGGAAGGAGAUUCAGUGUGUCUACCAAUCUUCAGCAACAUCAGAGAGCCCACACAGGGGAGAAACCUUUCAAAUGCUCAGAGUGUGGAAAGAGAUUCAGAGUGAAUUUCGUUCUUCAAGUGCACCAAAGAAACCACACAGGGGAGAAACCUUUUGAAUGCUCUGAGUGUGGAAAGAGAUUCAAGCAGAAUGUUAGUCUUCGAAAGCAUCAAAACAUCCACAGAAGAGAAAAUGAAUGCUGAGAAUAUGUUAAGAAAUUCAGUCUCAGUUUUAAUUUUCAACAGCAUGGAAGAAUCCAGAAUGGGAAGAACCAUUUUGAAUGCUCAGAGUAUAGGAAGAAAUUCAGUAUGAAUUCCAGUCUUCAAAAAUAUCUAAGAAUCCACACAAUGGUGAAACCUUUUGAACAGUUUGAAAAGUGCAUCAGUCACAGUUACAUUCUUCCAAGUGCAUCUAAGAAUUGCAGAGGAGAGAAACUUUUAAAUUCUUUGAAUGUCUGAAGAGGUCUUUAUGGUGGCUCUCUUCAGUACAUUCCAGGAACACACCCUGGGGAGAAAAUUUUUGACUGCUCAAGAGUCUGGAAAUAGCUUCAGCUGGAGAGAACGUAAGAACAACAACAAUUUUUAUUUGUAUCCCGCCCUCCCCGCCGGAGCAGGCUCAGGGCGGCUAACAACAUAAUUUCAUACAUUGGUCAUACAAUAUUAAAUAAAACUACAUUGACAGUUUAAUUAAAAUUCUGAUUAAAAUUCUAAGAUUAAUAAAAUUAAUAAAAUAUA